AUGCUCACCACGUGCGCUACCGCGACUAUGGUCAUGUCCAGCAUUGCUCAGACGAUCCCCCAGACCUCCGAUUACGAGAAGGCGAGCUCCUAUACCAACGCGGCUGACGUUGCUGCUGUUGUUAAUCACGUGGCUUUAGAGACAAUAACAAAAAAACUAACAUUCCAUGCCCUGACAACGAAAGCACUCAAACUGGCUAUGGUCCCCUACUUGAUACUCAACAUCGGUAACAUUGGUGUGGAUGCUGGUCCUUACCUUGGUACUGGUGGUGCAGACUACAUUACCGGCGCCCCAUGCCCCAAACCGCUGUCGUCUUCGCAAGGUACUGACGUUAAUCGUAUUCCAGGUGACAACAAUGUUAACCAGAACAAUGAGGAACUACCUAUUAUCCCGACUACCAACAUCACUGGCGACCCUACUCAACUUGUCAACAACGAUAGCCAGGAGGAAACCGAUGCACUUCAACUCCCAAAUGACAACAAUGCUGACGCAACUCCUUGUCCACCUGCCAACGGUGGUGGCCAGAAUGGAGGCGACUCACCUCCAACCCCGAAUGGCAAAACGCAACUCCUUGUCCACCUGCCAACGGUGAAUGGAGGCGACUCACCUACAACCUCGAAUGACAACAACGCAACUCCUUGUCCACCUGCCAACGGUGGUGGCCAGAAUGGAGGCGACUCACCUCCGACCCCGAAUGACAACAACGCAACUCCUUAUCCACCUGCCAACGGUGGUGGCCAGAAUGGAAGCGACUCACCUCCGACCCCGAAUGGCAACAACGCAACUCCUUAUCCACCUGCCAACGGUGGUGGCCAGAAUGGAGGCGACUCAUCUCAAACCACAAAGGACAACAAUGCUGACGCAAUUCCUUAUCCACCUGCUAAUGGUGGUGGCCAGAAUAUAGGCGAGUCAUAUCAAAAUUAG